AUGUCUGAGGCACUUCCUGAAAUGCAGUACCGCCAUCUUGGCCGGACUGGACUGAAAGUUUCGGUUAUCUCGCUUGGUAGCUGGCUCACUUAUGGUGGUCAUGUUGGAAAUGAGAUUGCUUUUGAUUGUAUGAAGGCUGCCUACGACGCUGGUGUUAACUUCUUUGAUACCGCUGAGACAUACUCUGGUGGCCAGGGUGAGGUUGUCCUCGGUGAGGCUAUUAAGAAGUUCGGAUGGAAGCAGAACGACCUCGUUAUCACCACCAAGAUUUACUGGGGCAAAGCCAACAGCGCCAACCCCGAUAAGCCAUUGAACAACAAUGGCCUCUCAAGAAAGCACAUUAUCGAGGGCAUGAACCUCUCCCUCAAGCGAUUGGACCUCCCAUAUGUCGAUGUUGUCUAUGCUCACCGUCCUGACCGCGAUACACCCAUGGAGGAAAUCGUGCGCGGCUUCAACUAUCUUCUCGACAACGGCAAGGCCUUCUACUGGGGUACCUCCGAGUGGUCCGCCAGUGAGAUCGCAGAUGCAUGGCGCGUCGCCGAUAAGCUAGGUCUUGUUGGACCCAUCGUAGAACAACCGCAGUAUAACCUUCUUGUGCGCGAGCGCGUCGAGAAGGAAUACCGCUGGCUCUACGAGGCUUACGGACUCGGUCUGACUAUCUGGUCACCAUUGAAGGGUGGUAUCCUCACUGGAAAAUACAAUGGUCAAUCCGCACCUCCUCCUGGAUCUAGAUUAGCGGAGUCAGAGGAUGUUUACGUUAAGGGUUGGCGCAAGACUGUUGGUGAUGAUAACUGGACCCGCCAGCUGGAGCAGACUGCUGCUUUGCAGCCUAUUGCUGAGGAGUUGGGUAUUAGCACUUCUCAGCUUUCGUUGGCUUGGAUCCUGAAGAAUAAGAAUAUCUCGUCUAUUAUUACUGGUGCUUCGCGACCGGAGCAGGUGCUUGAUAAUGUACGUGCUUUGGGUGUUGUUGAUAAGUUGACUGAUGAGGUGUUGGAGAAGAUCGAGAAGGCUGUGGGUAACCAGCCUGCUGAGGAGAAGCGCAGGUUUUAA